AUGCAAGUCCAACCGUCCAAAUAUGUUGGCCUAGUGGCUGACCUGAUGCCGAACAUUCGGUUGAUGCAGGCCAGCGGUCACUUCCUGUUCCGCUACGUCACCGGUCCGAUCCUGAUCCGGAAGGUGUACUCCUGGUGGACGCUCAUCAUGGUGCUGAUGCAGUUCUUCGCCAUCCUCGGCAACCUUGCCACGAACGCGGACGACGUGAAUGAGCUGACCGCCAACACGAUCACGACAUUGUUCUUCACACACUCGGUCACGAAGUUCAUCUACUUUGCGGUCAACUCGGAAAACUUCUACCGCACGCUCGGCAUCUGGAACCAGACCAACACGCAUCCGCUGUUCGCAGAAUCGGACGCUCGCUACCACUCGAUCGCACUUGCCAAGAUGCGGAAGCUGCUCGUCCUUGUAAUGGCCACCACAAUACUGUCGGUCGUAGCCUGGGUUACGAUAACGUUUUUCGGCGAGAGCGUCAAAAAUGUGUUCGAUAAGGAAACCAACGAGACGUACACGGUGGAGAUUCCUCGACUGCCCAUCAAGUCGUGGUAUCCGUGGAAUGCAAUGAGCGGACCGGCGUACAUUUUCUCUUUCAUCUACCAGAUUUACUUCCUGCUGUUUUCGAUGGUCCAAAGCAAUCUCGCGGAUGUGAUGUUCUGUUCCUGGCUGCUGUUGGCCUGUGAGCAGCUGCAACAUUUGAAGGGUAUCAUGCGGCCCUUGAUGGAGCUUUCUGCCUCGCUGGACACCUACCGGCCCAACUCGGCGGCACUGUUCCGCGCAAUUUCAGCCGGUUCCAAAUCGGAACUGAUCAUCAACGAAGAGAAGGAUCCGGACGUUAAGGACUUUGAUCUGAGUGGCAUCUACAGCUCGAAGGCCGACUGGGGCGCCCAGUUCCGUGCACCGUCGACGCUGCAAACGUUCGACGAGAAUGGCAGGAACGGAAAUCCGAACGGGCUUACCCGGAAGCAGGAAAUGAUGGUUCGCAGCGCUAUCAAGUACUGGGUCGAGCGGCACAAGCACGUCGUACGACUCGUUUCGGCCAUCGGAGAUACGUACGGACCCGCCCUGCUACUGCACAUGCUGACCUCCACCAUCAAGCUGACGCUGCUCGCGUACCAGGCAACCAAAAUCGACGGUGUCAACGUGUACGGAUUGACCGUAAUCGGAUAUUUGUGCUACGCUCUGGCUCAGGUUUUCCUGUUUUGCAUCUUCGGCAAUCGGCUCAUCGAGGAGAGCUCGUCCGUCAUGGAGGCGGCCUACUCGUGUCACUGGUACGACGGUUCCGAGGAGGCAAAAACCUUCGUCCAGAUCGUUUGCCAGCAGUGCCAGAAGGCGAUGACUAUUUCCGGAGCCAAGUUUUUCACCGUUUCGCUAGAUCUGUUUGCGUCGGUUCUCGGAGCCGUCGUCACCUACUUCAUGGUGUUGGUGCAGUUGAAGUAA